AUGACAACGUCAUGGAAAAGGUGGCUUGAUUAUGAGAGUCAUUCAUAUAGACAACGACACUACGAGCAGCAGCCUCUAAUUGCUCAAAUCGCUCAUAAAAGGAGACGACCUCAUCAAGGAGGACCGCGUGGUGAGACUCCAAUUUCACAAUUUGAAAAUCCACAGAGGCAAGCUGAUCGUGGCAGGAAGCCUGUUGGCUUAAGAGAAGGGUGA